AUGACCGUCCAAAGCGCGGUGGCAGCUGCCAAGAUGGUAGGCACCCAGCUCUUCACCAUCCUGCUUUGGGCAGUGGUGCUAGAGCUUGGAGAGGUUGUUGAGGCAUGCCGUGAGCUUGUACUCCAGGAUGCAGAUCCCUCGACGGUGGCUCUGGUGUUGGCCGUGGGACAUGCUACAAGUGACAAUGCUCUUUUGAGACAUGCCUACUGGCGAAUUCGUGAAGAAUUGUGCGGGGCAACGGGAGUGCCUGAGGAGUGGUUGCAGGGUGCGAACCCCGUCCGACUUCUCAAAGGCGGGUACCUCGCACACCGCACCGUCUGCAAGACGCCUUUGAAAGUUCUUUCUAACGCUUUGGAGGAAGACAUUGCUGCAAAGCACAGGCAAUGGCUCACCUCCACAGAUUGCUACACUCUGUGCCAGGUGCACAGAACACGCUCUGAGGAUGGCGGCUACCCUCACUUUUAUGAGUUACGCCUCGAUCACUCAGACGAGAUACUCAUGACAGCGCAGAGGGAAGAUGAACAGAGUCCUUGCCGAAUCUACGCCCACAAGGCAGCUGGUCCUGAGAAGUCCGAGCACUGCCAGGAAUACAUUGGCAGCGUGGUGCCAAACUUCUGGGGCACCCUCUUCACACUGUACGAUAGCGGUGCUGACGUGGAGGAGCUCAUGAGGCGCGGAGAGUGGCUGCGUGGCUUGCCACUAAGGCCGCGGCAGACCAUCGUGAAGAUCGGCUAUGAGACCAACGUUUUCGGAGACAGUCCAAGGAGGGUCGCUGUUGAGUAUGUGCACAACAGUGAAAGGCCAAAGAUGGAGAACCUGAAGCCACGAUGGGACAAAAAGCUCAACUCCUAUGCCUUGCCCUUUUUCGGACGGGUGAAAAAAGCCAGCGCAAAGAACUUUCAGCUCGUUGUGAACGCAGAUCCGAAUACCAUCUACCUUAUGUUUGGGAAGGUGUCGAAGGAUGUCUUCUGUUUGGACUUUCGGGGGCCGAUUGCUCCUCUCGAAGCAUUUGCGGUAGCGACAGCGGCUCUGGCGAAGAAGCGGGCAGUGAGUUGA